GCGGAGCUGCUCGAGGGGGCAGCUCCGCGCCGGGGCCGUUGGCUCCAGACAAAUAAACAUGGAGUCCAUCUUCCACGAGAAACAAGAUGGCUCACUUUGUGCUCAGCAUUGCCUGAAUAAUCUAUUGCAAGGGGAAUAUUUUAGCCCUGUGGAGCUAUCCUCUAUUGCACACCAGCUUGAUGAAGAAGAAAGGAUGAGAAUGGCAGAAGGAGGAGUUACCAGUGAAGACUACCGCACAUUUUUACAGCAGCCUUCUGGAAAUAUGGACGACAGUGGCUUUUUCUCUAUCCAGGUUAUAAGCAAUGCCUUGAAAGUUUGGGGUUUAGAACUAAUCCUAUUCAACAGUCCAGAGUACCAGAGGCUCGGAAUUGAUCCUAUAAAUGAAAGAUCCUUUAUAUGCAAUUAUAAAGAACACUGGUUUACAGUUAGAAAAUUAGGAAAACAGUGGUUUAACUUGAAUUCUCUCCUGACGGGUCCAGAAUUAAUAUCAGAUACGUACCUCGCACUAUUCUUGGCUCAGUUACAGCAAGAAGGUUAUUCUAUAUUUGUUGUUAAGGGUGAUCUGCCAGACUGCGAAGCUGACCAACUUUUGCAGAUGAUCAAGGUCCAACAGAUGCAUCGACCAAAACUUAUUGGAGAAGAAUUGGCGCAACUGAAAGAACAGAGUGUUCUUAAAGCAGAUCUGGAACGAGUCCUAGAGGCGGCUGACGGGGCUGGGGUGUUGGAUGAAGAUGAGGAUGAUUUGCAGAGGGCUCUCGCGAUAAGUCGCCAGGAAAUCGACAUGGAGGAUGAAGAAGCUGAUCUCCGCAGGGCCAUUCAGCUCAGUAUGCAAGGUAGUUCCAGAAAUAUGUCUCAAGAUAGUCCACAGACGUCAAGUACCAAUCUUACUUCAGAAGAGCUGCGGAAGAGGAGAGAAGCCUACUUUGAAAAUCACAACUCAGAAGUAUAUGAAGGAAAGUUCUGAACAGCUGACAUCCUCUUAAUGCUUGGACUUAUAACAAGUCAUAAUCAUCAUGUUGUUGCUGUUUUAGUAUGUGCCUCCAAAAUAUUUGGAGUUGUUUGUUUCUGUAAGGUUGCUUUGUUUUUGUUUUUGUGUUAGUUUUUGAUUGUUCUCUCUCACUGCCUGGGUUAGUCCUAAGCUCCCACUCAUCCUGACUCUCAUUGCCCAGUGGUGGAUUGCCAGUCCGCAUACCACACCUGGAUUGUUUGUUUUCCCCUAAUAAAUGCUGUUUUCACAAAGUAAUAUUGGUAGUCAACAAUUUUAUAUAAAUAUUUAGUUUUAAAAAUUAUUUAAAGCUACUUAAGUAGGCAAAAUUAGUAUUCUAGAAAUUUAUUUUUUAAAAAUGUUCCCACUAUACCCUUCUUCAAUACAUGAUGUUAGUGACUGCAUAUAUUCCCCUCUCGUCAUAUGUAUAUUCUCUUUAUGUGUGUGUGUGUGACAGAGAGAGAGAGAGAGAGAGAGAGAGAGAGGAGAGAGUGUGUAUGUGUGUGUGUGUGUGUGUGUGUGUGUGUGUGUGUGUGUGUGUACACUAUGCAUGGCAUACAGGUCAUUUGGCAGGAGUUGGUACCUCUUCCUCCACUGUGUGGGUCCUAUGACUUAAACUCAGGUUGUCAGGCUUAGCAGUAAGAGUCUUUACUUGCUAAGCCUUGUUACCAACCCUUUUCUUUAAAUUAUUUAGACAUUUUGUUAACUUCCUUGAAAUAAAACUUUGAAACUUCCAGUAGGUUUGAACUUUGAGUAGCAGUAAAGGUAAUUCAGUAACAUUCCGUGACGAAUAUUAAGCCAUAGCAAUCACAACUUAAACACCAUAACUAUUGCUUUUGAGAUGAUAAAGAUUUUGGUCAACCUUGCACCUUUUUAAAAAGCAUUUUGGGUAUGAGCAUGCCUCUUUCUAGUGGUUGGUUGUGUGUUGAAGUUGUUUCUAGCUUUAGUCUUUUAUCCUCUGUUGAGAACUUAAAGACAGCCCAGGCACUGUUCUAGUUAGUCACGUAGCACUGAGAUGAAUUAAGGGUCAACUUUGUGAUGUUUAUUUUUAACAUCGACUGGCGUUUAAAAGUGCUAGUUUACUAAAGUUUAAGAACGGUGCCAAGGGCCUGAGGAUGGCUCAUUGCUUAAACGUGCAUGCUGCACUUGCCAUUACAUACCCUUGGUUGCUUAGCUGGAAUAGUUCUCUGUCUGUCUCUCUAGAUUAUUCUGUUCUUGGCCUUCUUUCAUUCUCCAGUUACUCACAGUUCAUCCCUGUCUGUCACUAUUGAGUGUUAAAAGCCUCAUACUUAAGGUAGAUAUCAGAUAAAACACAUUAUAGGAUUUCUGUUUUUGUGUAAAAAAAUACUACUAAAAAUAGCCUAUUAUGAAUUCAUAGUUUAUGAGUAAGGGUCAGUAAGUAAUAUCUCAUUGGCAUGACAUUUUUUCUAGCAAUGAUCUGCAUGUUUAUCAGUCAUAAAGCCCCAAGCCAGAGUCCAUACCAGCACCAUUAAUGCCUGCUGUUGGGAGCACAGAAUUAAGUGGUGGGUCUGAAGGCUAUCAGCUGUUAUGUGUUCUACAGAUAUUUGUUAACAUCAUUAGUGUCUUUAUGUAUAGCUUUGAAUGCUAUAGUCUGCCUGUUACAAGAAAUAGUGUUUCCCAGUAGGACGGAUACAAACAUUCAUAGCCAAGGAGUGUCAUGAUGUUUUGAUUGCUUAAUACUUAUGCAGUCACUUUAAUGGCUUGACUUAGUUUAUCAGACAGUUCAGUUUAAGAAACAAAAAUGGAGCUGGAAGGGGGUGGCACACUCAGGAGGCAGAGGCAAGUGGAUUUGUGAGUUCGAGGCCAGCCUGAUUUACAAGAGUUAGUUCCAGGACAGGCUCCAAAGCUACAGAGAAACUCUGUCUUGAUUAAAACAACAACAACAAAACAAAAUAAAACUAGAAGUGGCUUUAAUCCCUGCCCUCGGUAGGCAGAGGGAGUCGGAUCUCUGAGUUCAAGCCCCCCCUGGUCUAUAAAGCAGGUUCUAGGAUAGAACUGUUACACAGUGAGAUUUUUUUUUCUCUAAAAGCGAAAAAAGAAAGAGAAACAGGUAAGAGUACUUAAACAAAACACUAAUAGUGAAAUUAGAGGCUUAUAGUGUUAGGGAGUUCUGAGCCAGGCUUCUGAAGUGUAGAGUAGUUUGUGAGAAGGGCUCUGACCGCUCCUGACUAGAAUGACAGGGAUCAGAUAACCCCACGACACAUGACUGACAUCAAGAUUCAGAGGACUAUAUACUCUGUUCUCACUCUGAGGGCACCUACUCAUACAUAAUCUAAAACAUUUCUAUGUUUUAGAUAUAAAUAUUUUAUUUUAUAUGUGUGGGUAUUUUACCUGCAUAUAUAUAUGUGUACCAUGUGCAUGCAGUGCCUUCGGAGGGCAGAAGAGAGUAUUAGAACCCCUGAACCUGGGGCUGGGGUUACAGACAGUUGUGAACUGCCUUGUAGAUGCUGAGAAUUGAACCCAAGUCGUCUGAAGAGCAGCCAGUGCCCUCAACUGCUGAAUCAUCUCUCUAGCCCCUAACUAAAUCUUUUUCUUUUUGGGUUUUGAAUUUUUUUUUUUGUUUGUUUGUUUGAGGAAUGGUUUCUUUUUGUAGCCCUGGCUGUCUUAGAACUCACUAUGUAGACCAGGCUGACCCCAAACUCACAGAGGCUUGCCUUUGCCUUUUGGAGUGCUGGGUUUAAAGGUGUGCACCAUCACAUGUAACUCCCUAACCACAUCUUAAAACAAACAAACAAAAAAUAAAAAUAAACAGAUAUAACUGUGAUCCUGGAAUCAGGAAGCCAUAUUGUAGUUGUCAAGACUUUCUGGUCUCACUGAAACAGCCAUGAGAUAUAGGAGUUAGGGCUGAAAUCUCCUUGCCUUUGCUUAUCAGGAAAAUAGCUGUGCCUCAUUGACACAUUUCUGCCCUUUGUAGCUCAUGUGACUAACUCUGUGACCAGAAACCAGGCUUUUUCUGCAGCCUCUGUAGACUGAUGCAUGGUGGGUAGGGCCCUGAGGACCUUGUUCCAUAGCAGCGUCCUCAGUGCUUCAGAGUGGUCCUUUCAAGGGUGGCAGCUGAUUUUCUUCCCGUUUUACAUAAUUUAAAAUUAUAAUAAAUAUGUCAGUUAAAUGAAAAAUUAAAGUAGAUUAAAAGUUUUCCCUCUAUCAGACUUAGAUUCUUAAGUAGAGAAAGAAGAGGGCAUGAUGUUCCAGGAUCCCCAGAGCUCAGGCCAUGCGUGAAGGAAGGCACACAACAGCAGAAGGCCAGCAGAGAGAAGAUGGAGUUCUACUCUCCGAGUUGUCUUGUUGUUCACUUAUAAAGCUCAGAACUGAGAAGGACAAGCUGGGUGUGGUGUUGCCUGGUGUACUUAGGCCAGCAGAUCUAGAGUUCAGGUCAUCCUAAGCUAGCAACCUGACCAGAAGCCUUUUUCAAAAUUGAGAGGAACACUAGAAAAAAUCAUGCAGUGUAUAAUUGAAUUUUGGCCCUUUUAAAAUCAGACACAGCUUUGUAAUCUGACUUCUUAAUCUCAAUCAUUUUUAGAUUUUCCUUGUUUUUGUUUUUUUUUCUUUGUAGUUUUUCGUGUAUGUUUCUUACUUAUCAAACAGUAGAACUAGUGUGCAGAGCUCCUUGGAACUCCCAUGUCCUUUCCCCAGAUUGUUGACAGAUCAGAAGUGUCUGGGAGUAACAGAUUCUUUCUUGUUGCAGCUUAGUAUUUCAGCGUACAUAUUCUAAAUACAAGGAUAUACUCCUGCAUGUUUGUUUUGUUUUUGAGAUAGGGAUAUAUAACACCCAGCCUGGUAUUGAAAUCCUGGGCUUGGGUGACCUUUUCCCUUGGCCUCCUGAGCAACUUAUACUACAGGCACAAGUCACCACAGUCUUUUUUAAGAGAUUGUAUUAGUCAGUAUUCCUUUGCGGUGAAGAGACAACAUGAUCAUGACAGUUCUUAAAAAGAAGGCAUUUAAUUGGUGCUGGCUUACUUUCAGAGGUUCGUCUAUUACCAUCAUGAUGGGGAGGGGAGCAUGGUAGCAUGUAAGCAGUCAUGGUACUGGAGAAGUAGCUGACAGUUCUACAUCUGAAUCCACAGGCAGAAAGUGAGAGGUUGGUCUGGCAUGGGCAUUUGAAACCUCAGAGCCCACUGCCCAGUGGUAUACUUUAUCCAGUAAGGCCAUAUCUAUAUGAGCCUAUGGGGGCCAUUCAUAUUCAAACUACCACAUUUUACUCCCUGGCCCCCAUAAGCUAGUAGCUAUGUCAUAAUAAUAAGUCUUUCAGUCUUAUGACUGCUUCAAAAAGUAUCUUCUGAGAUUCAUGCAAUCUCUUAACUGUAAGAUUUGUAAAAUCAAAAUCAAGUCGCAGAUCACAUACUUCCAAUAUACAGCAGCAUUGCUGUCAUCAUACAACUGCUUCUAUUUCUUUAAUUCAUCAAGUAUGUGAUGUAGCUGCUAUGUGAGGAACACAGUCUCAGGUACUGGGGACACAGCUAAGCAUCAUAAGGUUGUGCUCUGGUUAGCUUGCAGCCCAAACACAAGCAUCGAGGUGGCAGUAUGUUUAUACUGAGAAUGCAAGUGAAAUAGUGAGAAGGCCAGGAGAAGGCUUAAAGUGGGAUGGCCAAGACAGCCUUCAAGGAGACGCGUGCUAAAUUCAGACUUGAAAGACUAGAGGGAGCCAGGCAGGAAAGAGCACAUUAAAUUGAGAUAGUUUGUCUUCAGUGACUCCUAAAAAUAUUAAAGAUGCAUAAACCUUAUUCAUUUGCAUACGAAUAAAUACUAGUGAGCCUUAUACAGAAAAUGAAAAUACCUAUGUGUCUGAUAACUCAAAUAUGUAGGGUUUUUAGAAUAAAAAUUUUGAAACUUUUAUACUUGUAAUUGUCAAACUAAUUCUCAUGUUCUGAGUGUUCAGGCCAGUGCCAUUUUGAUUUAUGGAACAGCCUACAUGAAUACGUAUUCUCAUGGAAUAUUUAUUUCUUGGGUAUUGUUUUAACAGAUAAUCACUUUUGAAUA